AUGAACUACCAGCAGCAGCUGGCCAACUCGGCUGCCAUCCGGGCCGAGAUCCAGCGCUUCGAGUCGGUCCACCCCAACAUCUACUCCAUCUACGAGCUGCUGGAGCGCGUGGAGGAGCCGGUGCUGCAGAACCAGAUCCGGGAGCACGUCAUCGCCAUCGAAGAUGCCUUUGUGAAUAGCCAGGAAUGGACGUUAAGUCGAUCUGUGCCGGAGCUCAAAGUGGGCAUCGUGGGUAAUUUGGCCAGCGGCAAGUCGGCCCUGGUGCACCGGUAUCUGACCGGCACGUACGUCCAGGAGGAGUCUCCCGAAGGUGGCAGGUUCAAGAAAGAGAUCGUUGUUGAUGGACAGAGCUACCUGCUGCUGAUUAGAGAUGAAGGGGGCCCCCCAGAGGCGCAGUUUGCCAUGUGGGUGGACGCUGUGAUAUUUGUCUUCAGCUUAGAGGAUGAGAUAAGCUUCCAGACCGUUUACCACUACUACAGUCGGAUGGCCAACUAUCGGAACACGAGCGAGAUCCCUCUGGUUCUGGUGGGGACCCAGGAUGCCAUAAGUUCCACUAACCCACGGGUCAUCGACGACGCCAGGGCGCGGAAGCUGUCCAGCGACCUGAAGCGCUGUACCUACUACGAGACGUGCGCCACGUACGGGCUGAACGUGGAGCGGGUCUUUCAGGACGUUGCCCAGAAGAUUGUGGCCACGAGGAAGAAGCAGCAGCUGUCCAUCGGGCCCUGCAAGUCGCUGCCCAACUCCCCCAGCCAUUCGUCCGUCUGUUCGGCACAGGUGUCCGCUGUGCACAUAAGCCAGACAAGUAACGGAGGCGGGAGCUUAAGCGACUACUCCUCCUCCGUCCCGUCAACGCCAAGCACCAGCCAGAAGGAACUGCGAAUCGAUGUCCCUCCCACUGCCAAUACACCAACACCUGUCCGGAAGCAGUCCAAGCGCCGCUCCAAUCUCUUCACCUCUCGGAAAGGGAGUGACCCAGACAAAGAGAAAAAAGGCCUGGAGAGCCGCGCGGACAGCAUCGGGAGCGGUCGAGCCAUCCCAAUUAAACAGGGCAUGUUGCUAAAGCGGAGCGGCAAAUCGCUGAACAAGGAGUGGAAAAAGAAAUACGUCACCCUGUGUGACAAUGGCGUGCUGACCUACCAUCCAAGUUUACAUGAUUACAUGCAGAAUGUUCAUGGUAAAGAGAUUGAUCUUCUGAGAACCACUGUGAAAGUCCCAGGGAAGAGGCCACCCCGAGCCACGUCGGCCUGCGCGCCCAUCUCCAGCCCUAAAACCAACGGCCUGUCCAAGGACAUGAGCAGUUUACACAUCUCACCAAAUUCAGGGAAUGUCACUAGUGCAUCUGGGUCUCAGAUGGCCAGCGGCAUCAGCCUGGGCUCCUUCGGCAGCCGGCCGGACGGCAUGCAGCAGCGCUCCUACUCUGUCUCCAGUGCCGACCAGUGGAGUGAGGCUACGGUCAUUGCAAACUCAGCCAUCAGCAGUGACACAGGGCUGGGCGACUCCGUGUGCUCCAGUCCAAGUAUCUCCAGCACCACCAGCCCCAAGCUCGACCCGCCCCCCUCCCCUCACGCGAACAGAAAGAAGCACCGAAGGAAGAAAAGUACCAGCAACUUCAAAGCUGACGGGCUCUCCGGCACCGCUGAAGAACAAGAAGAAAACUUUGAGUUUAUCAUUGUGUCCCUCACUGGCCAGACGUGGCACUUUGAAGCCACCACAUAUGAAGAGCGAGAUGCGUGGGUCCAAGCCAUCGAGAGCCAGAUCCUAGCCAGCUUACAGUCAUGUGAGAGCAGCAAGAAUAAGUCCCGACUGACGAGCCAGAGUGAGGCCAUGGCCUUGCAGUCGAUACGAAAUAUCCGCGGGAACUCCCACUGCGUGGACUGCGAGACCCAGAAUCCUAACUGGGCCAGUUUGAACUUGGGAGCCCUCAUGUGCAUCGAGUGCUCAGGGAUCCACCGGAACCUGGGCACCCACCUUUCUCGAGUCCGGUCUCUGGACCUCGACGACUGGCCCAUCGAGCUUAUUAAGGUGAUGUCAUCCAUUGGGAACGAGCUGGCCAACAGCGUCUGGGAAGAGAGCAGCCAGGGGCGGACGAAGCCCUCACUGGACUCCACAAGGGAAGAGAAAGAGCGGUGGAUCCGAGCCAAGUACGAGCAGAAGCUCUUCCUGGCGCCGCUACCCUGCACGGAGCUGUCCCUGGGCCAGCACCUGCUGCGGGCCACCGCCGACGAGGACCUGCGGGCCGUCAUCCUGCUGCUGGCCCAUGGCUCCCGAGAGGAGGUGAAUGAGACCUGCGGAGAGGGGGAUGGCCGCACAGCACUGCACCUGGCGUGCCGGAAGGGGAACGUGGUCCUGGCACAGCUCCUGAUUUGGUACGGGGUGGACGUCAUGGCCCGGGACGCCCAUGGGAACACAGCGCUGGCCUACGCGCGCCAGGCCUCCAGCCAGGAGUGCAUCGACGUGCUGCUGCAGUACGGCUGUCCCGACGAGCGCUUCGUGCUCAUGGCCACCCCCAACCUGUCCCGGAAGAACAAUAACCGGAACAGCAGCAGCGGGAGGGUGCCCACCAUCAUCUGAGGACCGCGCGCCCCCUGCCCGCCGCACCCGGGCGUCUGCAGCCUUGCGCCCUCUCUCGGAAGUCACGACACGUGAGUCCCGUCGUGUCCCCACUCUGUUCCCGCUGGUCGCCUGCCACCUGCCCACCUGCCCUCACCCCACGCGAAAUCACAAAACCUGACCGUCCUUGCGGGGCGAAGAGGAGGCCAGGAGGCUGGCGAACGGAGUCCUUUUCAUAAACUCCCCUAGCGACAAGCAAGAGCUACCGCGGG